AUGCAGCUGACCAUCACCAGUCUGUCUUUGAGUCAUGUGCAAAGCGACCCUUUCCUGGCUACUGCCAGGAAACGCACCCUCUAUGGCAGAUGGUUGCUAUCGAGCAUCAUUGACGAAAACAAACUUACUCCUCAAGCUCUAUGGUACCUUCAAGACAGUCGCGAACAGCUUCACGCGAUCGCAGAGAAGCCAUCUCUACAGGAGGCCCUAUUGGGACUCGCAGAGUCCAUUCCACCGAAGGUCCGAUACGCCACUCUCCGAGUUCGCCAUGUGCAGCAACUGUCCGAGGAGCUCGCAUCGCAACCAUCGUCCCCGACAUCGCCCCCGGAGGAGUCCGUGCUUGAGCAAGACGAUAAUGUCGCUGAAAGCAUUGGCAGCGAAUUCAUCUCGGGUGGACACAUCGAUACGGACAUCAGCCCUGUCUCGGCUACUAUGAGCGAGUUUCCUCUUCACAUCGAUGAUACCACUUCGUCCAUCGUUCUCGCGGAUUUCACACCGUCCGGGGGCGGAGCGCAACAGCGGACGAUGACGCCGGUGCAGGAGGUCACAGAGGCGCCUACAGUCCUCACCAACGCCGACGCUGCGCCCUGCAUCGCCGCCGGACCUCCGCUUGGGGCGAUGAAUCCUGAAGAAGGCGCAUCAGCAGGGUUUCGCGGAGGCGAGAGUGAGCCGCGUCCGAUUGCUCACGUGGAGCCUGGUGCGAGCUCGUCGGAGUCGACUCUGCAGACAGCGGGCGACGAGCCGUCACGCAGCGGCGAGGAGACCGGCACUACCGAGGUGCCAACCUCUGCUGGGGUGCUAUCAGAGGGAGAGCACAACUCAGUCCCCGCGAACUCCAACGACGACGCCUCCCUGCCUGGUGACGUGCCACAGCGGGAGGUGGAGGAGAUUGUGCCUUCGGAGCAAUGCAUGCAGCAUUCAUCGGGGGAAGAGAACGUCCCGUACCAGGAGGCCGGUGCCGUACCUUCCGCUCGUUUGCAGCAUGAGGGCCCAUCGGAGUGCUCGGAGGACUCACAGGAAGCUCAGCGGCCCGAGGAGCCUCUUUCUCCACGGAACUUGCCCGAUCCUCUUGCUACCGGAAAUAUGGAUGAUCAGCGUCCGAACAGCAGCGGUGGUAUCGAGGAUUCACAGGACCCAACGGCCGAGACCCCGACGCAAGAUGGGGUGCCAUCGCCGACCAAUCUAGAUCAUCAAACCGACUCCAAGCCUCCUGCACUCACAGAAGAGAUUCAACAGCUUGAGGAAGGGCCCGGCACCGCCGACAGCGAGCAGCCCCUAGCUGAGCCAGGAGCCGCGAUGCCGGUAGAGACGUCAUGUCUUGCACCCGGUGGUCCUUUAUCGCAGGCAACGAACCACAGACCGAUUGUGCAGUCGGCCACGCCAGCGGCGGCAAGCACGGAGACGUGCACUGCAACGACGACCAUGACGGCGGAGCCGACUGCUCCACCGUCGUCGACUGUUCUCUCUUCGCAGACUGCUCUCCUUUCGCCCAAGGCUCCCCCUUCGCCGACCAUCACUCUAGAGUCCGGCGCGGAGAUGCAGCUUAUAAGCCGAGACAGCAGCGCGCCGAUGAGUUCUACGUGCUUCCAAGGCUCCAAGGAAGCGUACCAGUGA